CGGGCGGGCAUGAGUGAAAGUAAUGAAACUUCGCCGUCAUUAACCCCUAACUGCAGCUGGGUUCAAUUCUGUCAACGCAACGCACAACCCACCGCCACGGGGCCCAUCAGCUCACCGUCUAACGGGCUGAGCCCCGACGGCCGGGUGGCGAAGCCAGCCCGACGGAGGCCCAGGGCGUCGCGGCGGACUCCCACCACCGUUUUCAACACGGACCCCUCCAACUUCAGGGCCAUGGUCCAACAGUUCACCGGCGGCGGUCUGGGUCUGCUUCCGCCUCCACUGCCGUCCCCGUUUUCAUUUCCCGGCGGAACGGCUGCAGCAGGAUUGGGGUUCAGGUUCGGGCCGCCGCACCAAGUGCUGGAGAAUCUUAUUAACUUUCCUCAGAGGGCCGCGAGUAAUCACAGUAUGCAUUUUGAGGCGGUAGCCGGCUCCUACACGUCGCCGCUCAUGACGAGCAGCGGCGGCAGAGCUUAUGAUGUUCACACACAACCUUUUGUGGGCAGGGUUUCAUUUCCGUCACCUCAACACGGAGGGUCUGCCUCUUCUUCUGGCCUCGAAUAAGAUCGAUCUAGCGGCUAUAUAUGACCUGAUCGAUCAGUUGAGGUUUUUAUAUCUAGGUCGGCCGGCCAUGCGUCGCCGGCCGGAUCUCAUAUAUAUAGGAAGCGGUUCCGAUAAGAACGGACUCCCAGGAGAGAAAUGAGAACGAAUCUGGACCGUUGGAUUAUAUUAUGUGAAACUGAAUUGGGCAUUUGGUGAAACUGAAAUAUGCAUUUGAUGACAUUGAAAUGUGCAGAAUAAUAAUUUAAAUUCAAGUGUGCAUUAGAUGAAACGGAAAUGUGUUGACUAAAAGGUACAAAAAUAACAUCGCAUCGUACCUUUUAUUCUGCACAUUUCAGUUUCACAUAGUGCACAUUUCAAUUUCACUUCAUGCACAAUUCAACUUCACAUAAUGCCACUGUAUCGUACCAUUUGUGCUGCACAUUUCAAUUUCACCUAAUGCAAAUUACAGUUUCAUCUCAUGCACAUUGAAUUUCACUUUAAGUAAAUCUAACGGUCCAAAUUCAUUCUCAUUUUUCUCCUAAGAUUAUGUUCUUAUUUAAACCAAAACCUAUAUAUAUAUAAUAAGGAUCAAAUGAGAAGAGUGCUUGUCGUAAGAAGUGAGAAUGCAUCUGGUGCGUUCAUUUUAAGACCUGUGCAUCAGAUUAGCAAAAAAGUGCACGGGAAAGUGCAAAAAAUAUUAAAAAAGUGAUGCUAGACGCGGUGGCAUUUCCGUAAUUAAUCGGAACUUUUCUGUCAUCGCAAAAAGUGCUUCAGAUUAGCAAAAAAGUGAAUCAGGAAUAGAUAAAUGUGUAACUUCUCACUUUUCAGGUUAAGAACAUAUAUAUUCUUAAG